UACGCUAUUCGGGUAUUAAAUAACCCAGCAAAUCCAGUAAACCAGCCCUAGGGUUUCAACACUCAGUUUGCAGCACAAUUCCUAUCAAUGGCGGAUGAAGAUGAUGAUUACAUGGGCGACCUCUCAAAGUUCCUAUCUUCCCAACCGGAAACCUCCACAAACCCUCCCGCCAAAAAGGUUUAUAACACCAGUAACAGUAGUAAAUCAACUAGUUUACAGCCUUCAAAGAAGAGACAAAAAACCCUAAACUGGCAACAACAAAGAAAACAAAAGCGAGAAAUUAAACAAGCACAAGAGGAUGAACAAACCCUAGCUAGCCUAGAAUCAGCAAUACCUCAAUCCAACAUUGGGUUCAAGAUGUUGACACAGAUGGGUUAUACCCCAGGGUCUGGGUUGGGUGGGUCGGGUCGGGUUGAGCCGGUGGGGGUGGAGAUACGGAGGUCGAGAGCUGGGAUCGGGCGGGAGGAUCCGAUAAAGGAGAAGAUGAGGAGGGAGGAGGAGUUGGGGUGGGAGAGUAAGAGGAGAGAGGAAGAGUUGAUGGCGGAUUUCGGGUGUCGGGUUAAAGAGAGGUGGAGGAGUAAGAGGGUGGUUGUGAAUUUUUAUAAGGCGAAAGGGGUGUUGGAUCAGUUGGAGAAUAAAGAGGUUGUGGAGUUGGAGAAGAAGGAUGAGGAUGAUGGUGGUGAUGAGGAGGAGGAAGAGGAGGAAGUGAUUACGGAAGAGGAUUUGCAUGAAAUAUUGAUGAAGCUGAGGGAUAAUUUUCACUACUGUCUCUUUUGUGGAUGUCAGUAUGAAUCAACGGAUGCACUUUUGGAUAACUGUCCUGGCAUUAAUGAAGACGAUCACUAGAAGUCAAAACAUUAUCUACCAUGUUCAUGUGACUAGAAGGGAACUAUCACUGUAGAGAUGACGGAAGACGUUAUUAUUUUUUCGGGAUUGCCGUUGAAUAUGUGAAACAAAAGGAUGCCAACUCAAUUCUCCUACUGUGCAUCCAUUGAUUCGUUUAGUGUUCGUGGCAACCUACAUGUGUUGAAAUCUAUGUUCGAAUUACCAGACUGGUGAGGAUUCCAUUGAAGGAGAUGAAUUCGUUUCAGCAUUUGAUAUCCGAAGGUAUUUUAUCUUAAGGGUUCUGUAGAUCUGUGUUUUGGCUUGUACCAUAUUCAACAUUCCUUUUUGGAACUAGCGUUUUUACUUAUUAUUUAUUUUUAGUUGUGAGUUUAAUUAAUUUAGUUUAAAAAAUA